AUGUCUACCAUCACCCUCACAACAGAUUCCUUUGAGGACACUCUACAAGGCUCCUGCAACUGCGGCAAUAUUGUAGUAUCUCUCCCAAUUUCAUCGUUGCCAAGCAGUGUCACUCUCUGCCACUGCUCCGAGUGUCGGGCAUCGUCCGGCUCGCUAUUCGCAGUCAACAUUUCCACUCCAACCCAAGACAUCAAGAUCGAAGGAACGCCCAAGAUCCAUGAUUAUAUCGCCGCUUCGGGGAACACGGUGCAUCGUUACUUUUGCGGUGAUUGCGGAUCUGCCAUCAUGAAUGUGGUCUCCGCACACCCGGAAAAGAGUAUCUUGAAGGGCGGACUAUUUGUGAAUUCGGGGGUCAACCUGCCGUUGCCUGGCAGAGAGCAGUUCUGGAGGAGAGCAGAACCUUGGGAGACGCCUUACCCUGGGCUUUUACCCAUCGAAUGA